CACCCCUUCCGAAAUGAGGCGAGCUUGGGCGGCGGGGCUGCCGCUUCGGUCAGCUAUGGUUCGCCGCCUCACGCCCCAGUCGCCCAUCUCCACUUCGACCCUUCCCCCUCCGCUAAAACCCUCGGCCGCCCUCACCGAAGACGAGGUCGCCGAGAUCCGCAGCCUCGUCCCCCGCCUCUGCGACGCCGACCGCCACGAUGCCGCCGUCCGGCUCCUCACCACCGCCCUCCUCACCGACACCCCGAUCGAUGUCCUCCCGAUCGCCGUCCUCGCCGAACGCGUUUCCUCGCUACCCGAUAUGGUCGCCGCCAUGUCCUUCCUCACCGCCCUCCGCUGCCACCCCCGCUGCCACUCCCCUCUCCCCUUCUGCUCCGCCCUUCUCUCGUCCUAUUUCCGCGGCCGCCGCUUUAAAGAGCCCGCCAAGGUCCUGUCUUGGCUUCUCCGGCCGGAUUCCCCCUGCCGGCCGGACGCCGCGGUCUACGGGAUCGCGGUAGAAGGCUUUUGCAAGCUCCGGAGGAUGCUCGCGGCGCUGCGGGCGAUGAAGGAGAUGGUGGCGGAUGGGAUUUCGCCUGGAAGCGAGCUGCGGGUGUCAGUUUACAUGGGAUUGCUGCGGGAGGCUCGGAUCGAUGAGGCCCGGGAGUUGGAUGCCGCACUGAAGGCUGUCGAGGAGGGUGGUGAAGGAUUCGAUAGUGCUUUGGGGUUGCUUGACAGGAUCAUCAGGGAGUGGGAGGAGUGAUCGACUAUGCUAUAUGUGUUCCAGAUCCACUCAUGUUGAUCUCCAACUCUCUGCUUACUGAUAGAAGGCUCAUUCAAAAUGCAGAAUGCCUCCUGGUGAUGACAACAGGAACUCAAAGGCUCUUUCUAAAGGUGAUGGAUAAUUAAU